UGCUGUCCUAAAAAGCACAGUUCACCGUUCAUUUGGCUUUGUGAGCGACCGACCAUAUCAAACAAGAAAGUUACAUACGAUGAACGUUGAAGACGAGCAAAGAGCCGAGACAAAAGGGUGGAGAAAAGGUCUGAACAAAGUAGGGAACUGGCUGGCACAAAAGGACAAUGAUAAUUGGUUGAAGGACAUUAGGGGUAACCUGAGUUUGGUGGCUACGGUAAUCGCAACAAUAACCUUUCAAAGUGCUCUAAAUCCACCAGGUGGCGUUAGACCGCCACAAGAGACUGGAGUAGUGGCUUGUUCAGAAGGGAUGAACCCAUGUCCUGGAGAAUCUGUCCUGGCUUAUUCAAUGGCCGAAGAUUACAGAAGGUUCCUUAUUUGCAACACUAUAUGCUUCAUAUCAUCCUCAGCUGUUUGUCUCUGGCUUGUUAGUGGGCUCACUCUAAGCAACAGAUUUUUCAACUGGCUUUUGUCAAUAGGCAUGUGCGUCACCAUCUCUAGUCUCGCUCUUACCUACAUGUAUGGUGCUCAAAUGGUCACCGCAAACCCUGUUUGGACCACAUCCAUCUCCAUGUUUGGAAUUGUUAUACUUGUGUGGUUAGCACUGCUGGGAGUCGUCGUUGUUGUUCAUAGCCUGCGCCUGUUCGUUUGGAUUCUCGCUAAACUGAUUGGCAAACCUAAACAAUGAGAUAUUCCAUCUAGGUUUAUCCUAGGUGAUCUAGCCAAAUUAAUAGUGAAAUAUCAAGAUAAAGUAUCUGGUGUUAGUAUUUGGUUUAUUUACUUUUUCU